AUGGAAGACGAACGAACUACUAACAUUCCCAUAUUUGCACCCUCAAAAUACUCACCUUUACUGCCUCCCGAACUUAAUGAGGAGCAAAAGGAGAAAUACAAUGAACUUUCUAAGUACGUGUCCACCAUAUUACUGCCUGAAGAUUCAAAUUAUCAGAGAGAGCGGGAAUGGGCUUCAGAGGGUUGCCUGAAACGCUACCUUCGGGCUUCUAAGUGGAAUUUAGAUGAAGCUAAAGAUAGAAUAAAAAGCAGUUUAGAAUGGGGAAGGGAAUAUAAACCUUUCGAUAUUGAUCCCAAAGAAGUAGAGCCCGAGAUCCUUACGGGUAAAAUGCAUCUCAACGGAUUCGACAAACAUGGUCGUCCUAUAGUUUAUCUUAGACCAGGUUUGGAAAAUACUAAAGCUGGACCACGACAAGUGAAGAAUGUAGUAUUUACUUUUGAAAGCGCGAUUGCUAUAAUGCCGGAAAAUGUGGAAAACAUAAUUAUCAUCGUUGAUUUUGAAAAUUGUUCCGUUCGUUCAAGCCCCGGCUUGGGGAUUGCUAAAGAAUUCAUGCAUGUUUUGGGAUCUCAUUAUCCGGAAAGGUUGGCUAUGGCUCUGGUCAUUAAUG